AUGUCCAGCAAAACAGUGAUCAAGAAGCUGAAAGGACAUUUUGCCAGAUAUGGAAUCCCGAACACUCUCAUAUCCGACAACGGACCCCAAUUCAUCUCCGAAGACUUUGUCAACUUCAAGAAAAGAUGGGACUUUGAUCACCUCACUAUCUCACCUAGACAUAGUCAGUCUAAUGGGAAAGUAGAAUCCGCAGUCAAAGCGGCGAAGAGAAUGAUGAAGAAGUGCAGGAGAUCUCGGACAGACCAAUACAAAGCAUUACUGGAGAUUAGAAAUACACCAACCCAAGGACUAGGAAGUAGCCCAGCCCAACGUCUCCAUGGUAGAAGAACAAGGACAAACCUGCCUACUACAAAAAAAUCUUCUACAACCAACAGGAGCCAGUGUUCUAGACCAUGA